AUGUAUUCUAAUUUUUUGGCACAAAUGGGACCCGAACUUGCUAACGCAAACAAAGCCACGCUAAAAGGAUUUACAGCUCGUUUGGAGAAGGCUUUGGAUUUGAAGAAGAUGAAUGAUCGUAUCAUUAAGUCGCCCUCAGCGAAAGCCAACCCGAAGAAAAAAAUUGAUCGUAUCAAUGACGUGCCAUCAGCAAGUGCCAACAAAUUGAACCUUUAUUAUCAACUAAACCUCUACACCGCUCUAAUGCUCAGACGAAAAUGGGGGACACAGGGUAUAGAUGCAGCCAAAUGGAAGGUUCACGUAAUCGAAUUAAUUUGA